GCCGCUGAAGAUUCGCUGUUUUGUUCGUCAACCUCCAAAUUCCCUUUCCCACCGUCGAAUCUGCACUGCAGUAGGCUCGGACUCCCACCAAUAUCCGCCAUGGAACUAAUGAUCCAUUCUUCUUCCUUCCUUCUCCCCAACAUCCCUGCCGGAGAAGAAGACAACCACCGCCAUUCUCCAACAUACGCCCUCGUCCUCCUCAACCAACGCCUCCCUCAAUUCACUCCUCUGCUCUGGCAGCACGCACGAGUUCGAGUCUGCGCCGAUGGAGGAGCCAAUCGGGUCUAUGAUGAAAUGCCCCUUCUCUUCCCGCACGAAGACGCCGCCAUUGUUCGCCACAGGUUCAAACCAGAUGUAAUCAAGGGGGAUAUGGAUUCGAUACGAUCUGAAGUACUGAGCUUUUACAGUGAAUUGGGAACUGAUGUAGUUGAUGAAUCUGAUGAUCAAGAUACCACUGACCUGCACAAAUGCAUAGCUUAUAUUAAUGGUGCCAUGCCAAAUGUUGAUAAGUCAUCGUUCUGCAUCCUCGUGACUGGAGCACUUGGAGGGCGAUUCGACCACGAAGCUGGCAACCUCAAUGUCCUGCACCGUUUCUCAACCACGCGGAUAACCCUUCUAUCAGAUGAAUGCCUCAUUUACCUGCUUCCGAAAACUCACCGUCAUGAAAUCCAUGUAAACUCCUCUGCCGAGGGACCGCAUUGUGGACUCAUUCCGAUGGGGAUGCCAUCCGGGAGAACUACAACAACGGGCCUUCAGUGGGACCUCAGUGAGUAACAUUAUGAAGCGGAGAUGAAGUUUGGAGGUCUAGUAAGUACAUCAAACAUAGUGAAAGCAGAAAAGGUUACGGUGGAGUCGGAUGCGGAUCUCCUGUGGACGAUAUCGAUUAAAAAGUUCUGAUGCCCCCCUCGGCACUUCUGCUUCGACGACGGUGAGGCAGGUCGAGGUCUGCUCAGUAACUACAUUUUUCUGUAGGUAGUAGAAAUGCAUAUGUAUGAAGGCAAAAUAUAUGGUAAUUUUAUUUAGGUUAAACAGACUGAUAAAUUCAACUAUCACACGUCUCACCCACACCGUUACUUUUUGACAACAAUGUCGAGUACAACUUCAUUGUAUUAUUCACAAUGUUUUAGAAACCUGCCCUACAGUCCAAUCAUCGGAUAUCAAGCUCAAAUGGAAGAAAAUACGGGAAAAUCACGAUUGUAAUACAAAAUACUCUUUUUUUCUA